UUGUUCUUCCUCAUUCAGGUGUGUGUGUGUGUGUGUGUGUGUGUUUAAUGAGACACAAUGCGUCUGUGCGCUCCGACUCUCCUCUGCAUACUGCUGUCUUUAUUUUCAGGUAAAGCAGUGGAUGGUUACUAUGGACAAGGCUACUGGCAGUGUUAUUACACUGGAGAUCUGAAGACCAUUGAAUUCCUUUUCUCUUGGUACUUCAACAAGGUUGAAUAUCUGAGGUACAACAGCACGACAGAUAGAUACACAGGAUUCACCGUGUACGGAGAGAAAGAGGCAGCUGAACUGAACAAAAAUCCCAGUAAUAGUUUGUAUCUCUAUGUUGAUGAGCUCUGCAAAAAAUACAGAGAUGAAUACUUUACCGCCGUCCUUAAGACAGUGAAGCCCGAGGUCACAGUGAGUUCACUGAGGUCUGAGCCUCAGUCCCACUUGUCCAUGCUGCUGUGCAGUGCGUAUGAUUAUCACCCCAAAGGAAUCAAAGUGUCGUGGAUGAGAGACGGCAAGGUCGUGACUGAGGGAGUUUCCUCCACUGAGGAGCUUUCAAAUGGAGACUGGUACUAUCAGAUCCACUCUUAUCUAGACUACAUCCCAAAACCUGGGGAGAACAUCUCCUGUGUGGUGGAGCACGAGAGCUUAACACGACCGCUCAUACAAACCUGGGAACGUCCCCUUCCUGUGGAUCAGAAGAACAAGCUGAUCAUCGGCAUUUUUCUCAUGGUGUUGGGGAUCGCUUUGGCUGUUGCUGGAUUUCUUUAUUACAUGCUGAUGUCUAAAGAACAAACUUCACCUGGUAUUGCUUUAGAGCCCACUGUUUCAGAGACGAGUUCUCAAGCUUCAGAUCAAUAGCACACUGUAGUGGUUUUUGCUCAGUUCUUAAAAAUCUUUAAAAUGAAUUAAAUCUUUAAAAUUCUUUUAUAUAUCUUCAUAUUAAAAUGCUUUGCAAAUCUUCCUGUCUUUUUUUUUUCUAAAAGUC